UAUAGGUGGACUAAGAAUAUUUUUCGACUUGGCUACAAAAAAGAUUUGGAAGAAGCUGAUCUUUAUGCCACCCUUACGCAAGACAAAACAAGCCAUUUAGGUAAAAUUAUAGGCAAAGCUUGGGAAAAAGAAGUAGAAUCGUGCGCAGAAAAAGAAAAUGGCUCUAAUCCACAAUUACUCAGAGUAUUAUUGCGCUGUUUUGGAAAAUCAUUUCUACUAAUUGGAUUAGCAGAAGCAGUUAUGGAAUUAUUUUCGAGAAUAUAUCAACCGUUGUUACUUGCUAAUUUAUUACGCUAUUUUGCGAGUGAUAAAAGAGAAUGGAAUAACGAAGUGUAUUACAACGUAGUCGGUAUAAUUCUGCUAUCUAUAUUGGAUACUUUUAUUACACACUAUGCUGUACAUUAUACCAUGCAUAUAGGAUUGAAGAUCAAAAUAGCAUGUACUGCAUUAUUAUAUCAAAAGAUAUUAAAACUCUCCAAUUCGGUGUUAGAUAAUGAAACCUCUGUUGGACAAAUAGUGAAUUUCCUGAGUACUGAUAUUACCAGAUUGGAAACAUCCUUAAUAGAUCUGCACUACAUUUGGAUCGCGCCUAUUCAAAUCAUAUGGAUUACAUAUAUUAUAUUUUCCGAGGUUGGAUGGACAGCAGUAAUGGGAAUGUCAGUAUUUUUAUUAUUUAUUCCUUUUCAAGCGUUUUUGGCGAAAAAAAUCACACCUUUAACGCUUAAAGCAGCGAAAAGAUCAGAUGAUAGACUCAGAUUGAUGAAUCAAAUAAUCACCGGAUUACAAGUAAUUAAAAUGUACGUUUGGGAAAUUCCUUUUUAUAAUUUCGUGGAAAAAGCGAGAAAGCGUGAGAUGAGCGUAAUAAAAAAGUGUUCUAUUGUAAAACAAUUAGCUCUUACUCUCGAUUGUUAUGUACCACGACUCUGUCUCUUCAUCACAAUACUGGCGUACGUCUUAUUUGGAAAUUAUAUUAAUGCCGAAAAAGUGUAUUUGGUAACAGCAUAUUACAAUGUCUUACGAAACUCAAUGAUUUUUGGAUUUUCAAUGGGUCUCCAUCAAAUGGCACAGGCGUUGGUUUGCAUUCGCCGUUUGCAAAGAUUUAUGAUGCACACUGAGAUCAUUAAAAGAAAAGAAGAGAACCUAUGCCAUACGAUUAAUGAAUCGUUCGCACUUCGUAUGAUCAAUGUUAACGCCAAAUGGCACGGUGAUGAUAAGGACUAUACAUUACGUAACGUGAACUUAACCGUACUUCCUGGAAGCUUCGUAGCCAUUGUCGGUCAAGUAGGUUCGGGUAAAAGUAGUCUGUUGCAAGCGAUACUCCAGGAAUUGCCCUUGAUGAGUGGAAGCAUCAAAAGUCGUGGCAGAAUAAAUUACAUCAGUCAGCAACCAUGGAUUUUCGCGUCUUCCGUGAAGCAGAAUAUUCUAUUCGGGCAAACAAUAGACAAGUCACGUUACAAUGAAGUAAUCAAAGUCUGCCAAAUGGAAUCAGACAUAAACUCGUUCCCUCAGGGUGAUUAUACUAUCGUAGGUGAAAGAGGAAUAAAUCUAAGUGGUGGCCAGCGCACCAGAAUCAAUUUAGCACGAGGAAUUUAUAAAGACGCCGAUAUUUAUCUAUUAGACGACCCCCUAUCUGCCGUGGACUCGCACGUUAGUAGGCGUCUUGUCGACAACUGUAUUUGCAGUUAUCUAAAGGAGAAAACAAGGAUUCUGGUGACGCAUCAACUGCAAUAUCUACAACUCGCUGAUCAGAUUGUCGUGAUGAACAAUGGCAGUAUCGAGCAAAAAGGUACUUUCAAUCAACUUCAAGCAUUAGAUCUCGACUUUAUGAAGCUACUGAAGACAAUAGAUGCGGAAUGCAAAGAAGAUAAAAUUGAACAGCCUAAUCAGCAAUGUCAAAACUCAAUAAAAAACAAAACAGAGGCCGAGAAAGAAACUUCAAAUGUCUCACUGAUCGAAGCGUGCGAAAUAACAAUGAAAGGUCGCAUGUCUCGCAAAGUGUUCUUUGCUUAUUUUAAAGCGAGUAAAAAACCUUUUAUGAUAGCCCUGAUGAUGUUAAUCUUCAUAGUAAACCAGAUAAUAGCCAGCGGUAGUGAUUUCUUUGUUGCAUUUUGGGUAAAUAUUGAAUCGAGUUCAUGGCACGAAACUAACAAUUCUAUGGCGGAGUUCUUAUGGAAUGGUCCAUUGUCUCGCGAUUACAUGAUCUACAUGUAUAGUACAAUGAUAGCAAUCAUCAUAUUACUAUGGCAAUUCCAAACGAUCAUAUAUUUUAGUGUAUGCAUGUGGUCUUCGGUAAAUCUACACUCCGCCAUGUUUCGCAGUAUUUUACGCGCUACUAUGUAUUUCUAUAAUAUGAAUCCAGCUGGCCGUAUAUUAAAUAGGUUUGCCAGAGAUAUUAAUGUUGUCGAUUUAAUGUUAUCGAAAUGCUUAUUCGAUAUCAUAGUAAUCGGACUUAUAUCAAUCACAGUAAUUGUCAUGAUCGUAGCUGUUACUCCGUGGUUGGCUAUACCCUCUCUAUUUUGUGCCUGCGUUUUUAUCUUCUUCCGUAUGAUAUAUAUCUGCACAAGUCGCAGUAUCAAACGCCUCGAAGGGACAACGCGUUCGCCGAUUUUCGGUCAUCUCAGUGCGUCUCUGCAAGGCUUAACAACAAUCAGAGCUUUCAAUGCCGAGAAUAUAUUGAUGGCGGACUUAUGUAGUCAUCAAGAUCUCCAUUCGUCUGCCUGCUUUCUCUUCCUAGCUACAUCCCGAGCUUUCGGCUUCUAUAUCGAUAUGAUCUGCCAACUUUAUAUCGGAGUGAUAAUUGUAGCUUUUACGAUCUUCGAAGAUUUAGCAGUAGUUGGUAACAUCGGUUUAACGAUCACACAGAUCAUGUCGUUGACAAACAUGUUGCAGUGGGGAAUUAGACAAACGGCUGAACUAGAAAGUCAAUUGACUUCAAUAGAAAGAAUUCUUGAGUAUAGCCAUUUGGAAGAAGAGCCGAUGAUUGACAGCAAGCCCGAAAUCAAACUGCCGGACAAUUGGCCGAUAAAAGGUCUUGUAGAAUUCAAAAAUGUGAAUUUGAAAUACAGUCAUCAAGGCGACUACAUCCUUAGAGAUAUCAGUUUUACCGUUCUACCGAAAGAAAAGAUUGGUAUCGUCGGCAGAACCGGCGCAGGAAAAUCAUCUCUGAUUAACGCUCUCUUUCGUCUAGCUUAUGUAGAGGGAGAGAUUCGUAUAGAUGAUGUAUCCACCAGCGCGAUUGCUCUGCACGAUUUUCGAUCAAAAAUCAAUAUUAUUCCUCAAGAGCCAUUCUUAUUCACUGGCAGUCUACGACAAAAUCUUGAUCCCUUUGAUCAGUAUUCUGACGCUAUGUUGUGGCAGGCUCUUCAAGACGUUGAAUUAAAGGAGAUAAUCUCUCAAAUGGCCGGCGGAUUGAAUACGAAAAUAUCCGACGAAGGAUUAAAUUUCAGCGUAGGCCAGAGACAAUUGUUUUGUCUCGCGCGCGCUAUUAUCAAGAACAAUCGAAUUAUGGUAUUGGAUGAAGCAACUGCUAAUAUUGAUCCUUAUACGGAUUCCCUUAUACAACAGACAGUUAAAACAAAAUUUAUAAAUUGCACUGUAUUUACUAUAGCUCAUAGAUUGAAUACUAUUAUGGAUAGCGAUAGAAUAUUUGUAAUGAAUGCUGGGAGUCUUGUGGAAUGUGACCAUCCACAUAUACUUUUAGAAAGAAAAGGACAUUUUUAUAAUAUGGUACAGCAGACUGGUUCAGUGAUGGCUGAAAAUCUCAUCGAUAUGGCUACAAAAAGUUUCUAUGAAAAGGAUAGACCGCCGUCCAGAUAAUUUUCAAUUAUGUGCCAAAGUUAUCAAAAUACUGUUUCGCCACAUAUAUGCAGAUAUUCAAUGGUGAAUUUAUUAGCAAUAUAAUCUAACAUACAACACAACGCAUAUUUUAUACUAAUAAAAUUAUUUUUGAUGACUAUUAUAUGUUAUACUCUAUUGAUCAUUUUUAUAUCCCCAUCACAUGUUUCAAAUUUUAGAUUACUUUUUAGAAAACUCACAAUGUAAGAAAAAAAAUUUUAGCAUAUUAGAUAGUAAAAUAGAUAAAAAUAAGAUCUCAUAGUCAUAUAUAAAAAAUAAAACAAAUAAAUAUUUAUUUUAAGGAAUCCUCGCUCAAUGUUCUUGAAUUUGAUAUACAUAUAACAAUAUAUC